ACACGUUAAACACACUCGAACACUAUCCAACACACUCUUCAGAACAUUUCCAGCUUGCAUAUUUGCCGGUUUGCAAAUUAAAUCAAUUUUUUUGUUAACUUAAAGAUUCGCUCAAGAUGAAAGACGUUAUUGAUGUAAUGGAAUUACAAAGAGAGAAAACACGUAAAAAUGUUUCUCUUGAUUACAAAUCCCUAGAUUUUAACAAUGGUUUCACACCUGCAAGAUUUAUAUUUGAAUGCGGAAUCAAGUUAAAUGGUCAACCUUUAACUUUGGCCACUGCAGCUGUUAUAAUGCAUCGUUUUUUCAGAGAAGUUGAUCCUUCCAACUAUGAUUCUUUUCUGAUAGCGGCAUCUUCAUUGUACCUAGCAGGAAAAGUUAAAGAUGAUAAUCUAAAGAUACGAGAUAUUAUAAAUGUUGCGCACAAUACUUUGCACCGUGGUAGUAGCCCCUUGGAAAUUGGCGACGAAUACUGGAAUAUGCGAGACGCCAUAGUUCAAGCAGAACUACUUAUUAUGAGAAUAUUGAAAUUCGAAGUUGGUACCGUUCAUCCACACAAAUUUUUGUUACAUUAUCUUCGAUCUAUGGAAGGAUGGUUGGGAAAAGCUCAAUGGGAAUCAAUACCAGUAGCCAGAGCCUCUGCAGCUUUCCUUCAAGACUUUCAUCACGAUCCUAGCAUUCUCGAUUACAAUCCACGACACAUUGCUAUUGCUUGCAUAUCUCUAGCCCUCCAGUGUUAUGGAGUACAAUUACCUCUAAUCGAAGAUACAGACGAUGAAGCUUGGUACAACGUUUUCGUUAAGGAUUUGCCUAAGGAAAAACAUUGGGAAAUAAUGGAGAAAAUAAUGGAAGUCUAUAACAAGGAAGUAGAGUAAAUUGAUUAAUGGGUAUGGGUAUCCUGUUUAUUUUUUGUUUGAAAUAUUAACAAAGAAUUCAAGGAUCAUGUGAUAACUGUGAAUGCAAACAUUGAAGGUUCUCAUUAAUUUGAGAUAUAAUAGUAACCAUAUUUAAAUUUUUACAUCAUUGACCUCUUAGUAUAGAUUACAUAUAAGCAUAUUAUGUAAGAUGAUGAAAAUUUCUUUGUCUAUUCAGUGGUGUGUUCAUUUAGUGUAGUGCUUAGUUUUCCAAAUUGGAAAAAUCUAAAAAUAUUAAUAUUGGAUCAGUAUUAAACAUUUGAUUUGAAAAUGAUGUAUAAAAAAUCUCUUAAUUUGUGUAUGGACAAUUUCACAUUCCUCUUUUAACUUUUAUAAAAAUAAAUUAACAAAAAACUAGCAAAUAAAUGGAAAAGGUAUUUUUUUAUUUAAUUACUUGAAUAAUUGUAUAGAACAUUGUGUUUGUGGUAUAUUUUAUCAAAGAGGAAUAUUCUUGGAGCGUACGAGUAGUGACAGAACUAAAUGGAAACGUUACUCUUUGUUUGCAACAUUAAAAAAACAUACACUGCUCAACAUAUUUAGAAAAUAAAACCACUAGAAAUGACGUACAUACUAAACAAACUAUGAAGAAUGAGACUAGUACAUCAGUGUGUUAAACUUAAUAGAAAUAAAAUUCGGCUAAACUAUCACAGCCUUCCUACAAUGUUAUAUGAAUUUACAAAAUUAUUGAAUAAUUGAAAUAUUUAGAAAAGUAGUUGUUUGUAUCUCAAUAACUUAUAAAAUGCGACCUGUGUACGAAGCUGGGUAAAGCACUUAUGCAAAGUGCUUCAAUUACCAAACAGCAAGCACUUUAUCCAAGUACUUUUUAAAAGUGCUUCAAAUAGCAAGCAUAGUAUUCGAAAAAUAAAGCAUCAAUACCAAAUACUCAUUGAAAAGUAUUUGAAUCGUUUAUUUGAGAAAAACCUACGUCACGUUUUGAGAGUUUUUAUGUGGUGAAAAAAAGUUUUAAAAGGAUAUCUGAACAUUUUGACUAAUUUUGUGGGUUGAGGUCGAAAGUUUACCACUAAAGUAAGAAUGUAUCAUAAACGAAAGCAUAAAUAUUUACGGAAGUUAAUAAGUAUCUAUAUUCGAACAGAAGAGUAAAAUAUGGUACAUGUUCAGUAAACAAUAAGGACGAUGGUGUAAAUUCCAUGUAUAAUUAAAUUGCUACAAGAAUUUUUUCGAGUGCAUUAACAAGUUUGUAUCCGAAAAAAUGUGUUUAUCCAAAACGUACAACUGUGCUAUUUGUUUUCAAGGAAAUGUUUACCUUUUUAACAAUUCAUCAAUUUAAACUAAAUCGUUAUUAGAAAAAGCUCAUUUUCAAGUAAUUGAGUUAAAGAAUAUAAAAAAUGUAUCUGAUUCGUUUGCGGAUGAUUUGAGGCGUUUUUCAUUAAACUUUCUAUUACAUUUGGGAAAAAACAGAUUAUAUUAAAAAUUUCAAUGAAGAUUUCUUCGAAAAAGAUAAUGACAUUUUAGUCAA